AUGUGCAGUUGCUACAGUACUGGUAGUUUAUUAUCGCUGUCGUCUGGCAUCCCUUGCACAACGCCUAGUCGCGGAAUCGUGGCUAUUCCGUUAAAAGUCGUCGCGCACACGCGGCGAUACACUCUUGCGGCAAAAUCGCUCGUUCGUCAACAAUACCUGGCGAUAGAAGUGCUGACUCAUCGCGAUUCUGUCACUCGUGGAGACGGCUCUUGUUUCUCAAUAAGUGGUACUAACAGUGACGUAGUGUCACCAAUAAUAGCUACUACAUUCAGAUUAUUCAGUAGUAGAGUGCCGGUGGCCGCCAAGGAAACACGCAUCCACAUAUUGUCACAGACGAUGACUAGGUGA